AUGGAACCGCUACCCUCCACCCAAGACACCCACCAAGGUGCUGCUGGUGCCACAGAUCCGAGUCGCCCCGGCCACAGACGCAUGUCUUCUGGCGGCGGCCUCCUCUCUAAACUCUCCUUCAUGCGCGCCCAUCCCUCCGAACACCACGAGCACGACGGCCCAGGCCAGCAGCGCGAGAAGGAGAACCGAUCUCCUGCGUCUACCAUAUACAUGCCCAUCCCGCGGCCGCCAUCCUCGAUUGCCACCGCACUGCAGCAGCAGAAGACGAGGCGCCGCCGCGGAUCCCUCAGAAAAGUGGCCCUCCUUGGCCGCGGCGCCCAGCGCGAGCGGCGCGAGGCCCACCGCGCCAGCCUGAGCAUCGAUGUGAAGCAGGCAGAGACAUACAGCAUGAGCACACCCACGGAGGAGGGCGGCUCCUUCGGGCUAGGCAUAUCCGAUAUCACACCCCGGCCCUCGAUGGACGGCUACGCGAGCCGCAACGCGCCCGCCGUGACGGCCGCCACCAACCUGCUGCGCGACGGCGCGGCGCCCGGGGCAUCCGCUGCCCAGACCCUGCCGAAGCCCAAAGUCGAGGUCGACGAGCCGACGCCCACAAGCCCCACGAUGAGCUACACCACGACGGACGACGAGGACAUGCUGCACAUAGGGAGGAACGCGGGCAGCAGGAAGGGGCCAGAGCUGGCGAGCCUGAGCUCCGGGUCAGACGGCUACUUUUGUUCCUUGCCGCGCCGACGGACAAUCAGCCGGGCUAGGUCACCUCUGAGCCUUUCUGGGCUGGCAUCUACGCCUCUGCUCCCUACGGACGACGACUGGGACUACUCGGAGACGGAGUGGUGGGGCUGGGUGAUCUUGGUCGUCACAUGGGUGGUGUUUGUGAUCGGUAUGGGCUCGUGCUUCAGCAUCUGGAACUGGGCUUGGGACGUCGGCACGACGCCGUACGCACCGCCCGAGCUGGAGGAUGACCCCACGCUGCCCAUCACGGGGUAUUAUCCGGCCUUGAUCAUACUGACGUGUGUGAUGGCCUGGGUGUGGGUUGUUAUCGCGUGGGUGGGCAUGAAAUACUUCAGACACGCAAAGAUAAGCGGGGACUGA